GAAGGACAUGCCACAGCACAAGUGACUGGGUGGACAAAAAGUGGACAGGUGGGGUUAUAAACCAGACCAGGACAUAACAUAACAGGACACCUUCAGCUGUGGAGUAUUGGUGAUGCAGAUGGCCAUGAAGGUGGUGGAAAACCACCCUUAUGUCCCCGAAGACAUGAACAUUGACACAUCAAAAAAAUCAAUGUCAUCCAAGCGACUGGAGAUGGCAGCUGAGAUUCUGGAGAGCUCUGUUUUUGAUGAAGAGAGAGACAGACACGCCCCCUGGAGGUGGCCCAAAGACGUGUGGCUUCAGUGUGACUCAUGCAAACGAUGGUUCCACCAGCUGUGCCUUGGCAUGACUACAGCACUCCUCAACAGGUUUAAGAAAGGAAAAUGGAAGUGCUGUCUCUGUUGCUGAUGUACUUUUAAAACCAAAGAAGUUCCACAACAUCUGGGAUGUGCUGGUUCCUCUGUUGUUGUGUCUAUCUGCUGCUUUUUUUCAUACAGGAG